CCCGCAUCCCGCGGGAUGCCGGCCCGCUGAGCACCCGCUAGCGACGGCCCCUCCCCGGCGCGCGAGCCUCCUCGGAGGGGAUGACGUAGCUUUGCCAAGGAUUUAUCAGCUAAGCAGAAAAUGAGCUUAACAUCCUGGUUUUUGGUGAGCAGUGGAGGCACCCGGCAUAGGCUGCCACGAGAAAUGAUUUUUGUUGGAAGAGAUGACUGUGAGCUGAUGUUACAGUCACGGAGUGUGGACAAGCAACAUGCUGUACUCAACUAUGAUGCCUCUACAGAUGAACACUUGGUGAAGGAUUUGGGCAGCUUGAAUGGGACAUUUGUGAAUGAUGUGAGGAUUCCAGAACAGACAUACAUCACUCUGAAGUUAGAAGAUAAAUUGAGAUUUGGAUAUGAUACUAAUCUUUUUACUGUGGUCAGGGGAGAGAUGAGAGUCCCCGAAGAAGCACUUAAGCAUGAAAAAUUCUCAAGCCAACUCCAGUUAUCCCAAAAAUCUUCAGAGGCAGAAGGAUCGAAACAAAGCAGCUCCAAAAGUUCAGAAUCCAAGGUAGCAGACUCCGCAGCUGAAGUCCACCACAAAACUACAGAAGCACUGAAAUCUGAAGAAAAAUCAGUGGAUAUUUCUGCCAUGCCUCGUGGGACACCUUUGUAUGGACAGCCAGCCUGGUGGGGUGAAGAUGAAGCUGAUGAAAAAGGUGGUUGUAAGCCAGAAAGCAAGCAUGAAGAAAAAAUGCCUGAGACAGGGGCUUCAGGAUGCAGCACAGAUGCCAAACAAUCUGAGGAGCAAUCUGCAUCAGCAAGUGAAGAACUUUAUCCUUUCUGCAGGGAGCCCAGUUAUUUUGAAAUCCCUACUAAAGAAUGCCAGCAAGCUUCACAGGUAGCAGAGAGCACUAUUCACGAAAUUCCCACAAAAGAUACCCAAAGCUCCCACGCGGCAGCUUCGGGGCACGCUUCCUUUACCAUUGAAUUUGAUGACAACACUCCAGGAAAAGUGAAGAUCAAGGAUCAUGUGACAAAGUUCACGUCGGAGCAGCGUCACAAGUCGAAGAAGCCUUCGUCCUGCAGCGGCCAGGACCUGCCAGGGCUGCAGACGGUGAUGAUGGCAGCUGAGAGCAAAGUGGCAGAUUGGCUCGCACAGAACAACCCUCCGAGAAUGAUAUGGGAGCCAACGGAGGAGGACUCCAAAAGUAUCAAGAGUGAUGUUCCAGUGUACCUGAAGAGGCUGAAAGGGAAUAAGCAUGAUGAUGGCACACAAAGUGAUUCAGAAAAUAUUGGUGCACACCGGCACUACAGUAAACGGGCUGCACUUGAAGAACACUUAAGGCAUCAUCAUACAGAGCUGAAAAAGUCCCACCAGAAAGUCCAUUCCACAGAAAAGCAGCAAGAGCAAGCUGGUUUGAGUCAGACUGCCUUUAUGAUUGAGUUUUUUGAUGAAGACCAUCCUCGCAAGAGACGUUCUUACUCUUUUUCUCAGAAUGUAGGAGCUCUGUGCCCAGAAUCUCCAUCUCCCACAUCUCACGCACGAGCUGAAAGAGUGAAACCUGCAUCAGGAGAGAAAGCCCCUUCACCUGUGCAAGCUGGCUCAUCACAUCACAGAGCAGUACAUGGUGUUCAUGCCAAACUUCUAAACCAGAAAUCAGAAGAACCCUCUGCUGCGUUACCUGCCUUACAAGCUGCGUUGUUAAGGAGUUCAGGAAGCCUUGGCCAUAGGCCUACUCAGAACCAGGAGAUGGACAAAAAGUUGAAGAGCCAACAUAUUUCUGCUGCUACUGAAAAGGACAAUGAGGAUGACCAGAGUGACAAAGGUACUUACACUAUUGAGUUGGAAAAUCCCAAUCCUGAAGAAGUGGAAGCCCGCAAAAUGAUUGACAAGGUAUUUGGAGUGGAUGGCAGCCAGGAUUAUAAUAGGCCUGUUAUCAACGAGAACCAGAAAGAUUUAGUAAAAGAUUGGGCUAUAAAUUCUGCUACAGUAGUGCUGGAAGAAAAAAGACCACUGAGUACAACUGGAUUUCUUGACACAGAGGAAGGCUCUGCUAACCCUGGAAGUAAACGUUGGGUGUCACAGUGGGCCAGUUUGGCUGCUAAUCACACACGUCAUGACCAAGAUGACUUGAGAUUGGAGUCCUCUGUGCCUGCUCCAUUAGAAAAUGACACAGACAUCAGUGAGUCUGGUAUUUCUGUAAGAAGUGCUGGUUCAGCUGCUUCUCUGACCAGCCAAGGUGAGCGAAAGAGGAGGACACUUCCACAGCUUCCCAUAGAAGAGAAAGUAAAUGAAAAUUUAAAACCAAAAACUGUAUCUCAUCAGAGGUCAGAAAUAGGUGAAAAGCAAGACACUGAACUUCAAGAGAAAGAAACUCCAGCUCGUGCCUCAGAUGCUAAGUCAAGCAGAACAAUGAAUGGUCUUUCACCCAAAGCUACUGGAGACAAAGUGUUUUCUUUUCCCAGCUCUUCUAGUAAAGAGAGAGUUGAAAGUGGCAGAGAAACUUCUGUGGUGAAACAAGCUUUAGCAAAAAUUCAACAGCAAGAAAGAAAGGAGCAAGGACAGUGGGCACCUUCAAAAUUAUCCUCUACAAAAUCUGCUGCAAACCAGAUUGAGAAAGGUAGGGAGGAGAUUGUUAUGUCACCCAAAACUUUGGAUAAUCAAGAAAAUGCUCCCGGACAUGUUACAGAUAAAGCAGAAAUUAAAUUGGCACAGAUUGAGGGAAAAAGAAGAAAAAAUGAGGAAAUCAUUAGAGGACAAAGUCCUAAAGUACUUGCAGGAGAUAAAAAGGAAUCUUCAAAACCCUUAGUGAGGCAAGGUAGCUUUACUAUAGAUAAGCCUAGCACAAAUAUACCUAUAGAACUUAUUCCUCACAUUAAUAAGCAGAGUGGUUCUGCUGCCCCUUUAGUAUCUGCAAACAGGUUACGUGACAGAAGUGAUUCGAUGGACACUGAUUCCAGUAUAGAUACAACACUAAUUUUAAAAGACACAGAAGCUGUAAUGGCUUUCCUUGAAGCUAAAUUGCGUGAAGAAAAUAAAACUGAUGAAGGUCCUGACACUCCUAGUUAUAACAGAGAUAACUCCAUAUCACCAGAAUCAGAUGUCGAUACGGCCAGCACAAUCAGUCUAGUUACUGGUGACACUGAAAGAAAAUCCACACAGAAGCGGAAGAGCUUUACAAACUUAUAUAAAGAUAGAUGUUCCACUGGUUCCCCUUCAAAAGAUGUUUUAAAAUCUUCUACAAGUGCUAGAGAAAAGAUUGAAAAGAAAACUAAGAGUCGAUCUUCAGAUGGUGGGUCUAGAGCUGACGCUCGCAAAACGGUGCAAUCCAGUGGAAGAAUGAGGCAACCAUCAGUAGAUUUAACAGAUGAUGACCAAACAUCCAGUGUACCUCAUUCUGCCAUUUCUGAUAUCCUAUCAUCUGACCAGGAAAACUACUCUGGCAAAUCACAUGGAAGAGUUCCUUUCGCCUCAGCAGAUGAACUUGUACAUUCCAAGAUGGAAGGAAAGUCAGCUAAAUCAAAAACCUCUCCUGUUGGACUUGGGCAGUCCAGUAAAUCUACCACUCUUCCAAGACCUCGUCCCACAAGGACUUCUCUGUUGCGCAGAGCCCGCCUUGGUGAAGUCUCAGAUAGCGAGCUUGCCGACGCCGACAAGGCUUCGGUCGCUUCCGAAGUGUCCACUACGAGCUCUACGUCAAAACCUCCGUCGGGGAGGAGAAACAUUUCCAGAAUAGACUUACUGGCCCAGCCUCGCAGGAAUCGACUCGGCUCUUUAUCAGCACGCAGCGACUCUGAAGCAACAAUAACUAGGAGCACUGCCUCGCCGCGUACCCCAGACGCAAUCAUCAGAAGUGGGUCAAGGCUGAUCUCAGGAGGAGACAGUGCUAAAGUUUCUGCUAGAACUCGAGCCAAUAGCAUUUCUCGACUUUCAGAUUCAAAAUCCAAAUCCUUGGCUUCGGCUCAUAAUUCUCCCUCAGUAAGUGCAAGAUGGAGGCGCUUUCCUACAGAUUAUGCUUCCACCUCAGAAGAUGAGUUCGGAUCAAACCGUAAUUCCCCUAAACAUACCCGUCUGCGUACCUCUCCAGCCCUGAAAACCGCGCGACUGCAGAGCGCUGGGACAGCAGCUCAAAGCAGCAACACCUUCAAGCACAGGAUAAAGGAGCAGGAAGACUACAUUCGUGACUGGACUGCCCACCGGGAAGAGAUAGCAAGGAUCAGUCAAGAUCUGGCUCUCAUCGCACGGGAAAUCAACGAUGUAGCAGGAGAGAUAGAUUCAGUGACUUCAUCAGGCACUGCCCCCAGUACCACAGUAAGCACUGCUGCCACCACCCCUGGCUCUGCCAUAGACACUAGAGAAGAGUUGGUGGACCGAGUAUUUGAUGAAAGUCUCAAUUUUAGAAAAAUCCCUCCAAUAGUGCAUGCGAAACCCCCGGAAGGGAAUGGUCGGCCUAGUGAUGCCAGACCUCAGCUGACAGAGGCCCUCGAUCCCCCAACAAUUACCCGCAGAAGGACUUGGAGCAGAGAUGAAGUUAUGGGGGACAGUUUGCUGUUGUCCUCAGUCUUCCAGUUUUCUCGCAAGAUAAGACAAUCCAUAGACAAAACUGCUGGCAAAAUCAGAAUAUUAUUUAAGGACAAGGACAGAAAUUGGGAGGAAAUUGAAAACAAGUUACGAGCUGAAAGUGAAGUUCCUAUUGUGAAAACAUCAAGCAUGGAAAUAUCAUCAAUCUUACAGGAACUGAAACGAGUUGAGAAGCAGCUGCAAGCAAUUAAUGCCAUGAUUGACCCUGACGGUACCCUGGAUGCUCUGAGCAACUUGGGAUUCGCCAGCCCCAUCUUGCCAGCUCCGCCCAAGCCGAAGUCCAGCCCUGUCUGCCAAGGCCCCCGCCCGGCAGCACAGCCAAACUGCCAGCCCGAGGCCCGGGCUGCUCGUCCCGCCACCGGCCCUGCGGCAGCCGAAUUGGAAAACGCUGAAUCCGAGGCAGAUUUCAGCAUACAUUUCAAUAGGUUUAACCCAGAUGGGGAAGAAGAAGAUGCCACCCUGCGUGAGUGACAUCUCAGUGUUUGAUACAAAAACCUUUCAUGUGGAAUGUUUAGAAAUCAAGGAAAACUUAUAAUGUUUGUUUUUAUAAUUAAAAAAAAAAGGCUUGGUCAAACAGCAGUUGUUUUAUUAAACCAGUUUUCUUUAAUUGUGAUGCUUUGAUUGUCACACAAAUCCUUUUCAAAUCAUAAAGAUAUGCAUAGAUACCAGUGUAGGAAAGCAGAUUGUGGCAGGUUUGCCCUUUGUGGUUGUGUGCUUUGCAAAAGAAUUAUUAUAUCAGCAGUUUUCCCUUAAUAGAUUUAUUUCUUUUUAAAAGCCAUGCAAGCAGUCUAACAUUUACUGAAAACCCCAAUCUCUUUGCCAAGCUGCUCUGAUGAACAGACUUCCUCCUCUAAAGCUUGUACAGAACUGUUGAACAGUUAUGUUUGAUUCUGAAUUAGAUGAUUUAUAUAGGAAACAUUAUCUUUGACUACAAUGACACAUUACUGCAAAAGUAAGACAGAUUUCAGAAAGCAUUCAUUCUCAUGUACUGGAAAAAUCUCAAACAGUUCUGUGGUUUAUGUAACCUUGUUGCUGCGUAAAUUGUCUUGGGGUUUACACAUAAGUUCACAUAUUAUGUUUGCACUAAGAUUUGCUGGGAGUGGUAGGUGAACAUAUCGAUAUCGUUGAACAGCAAGCAGUGUUUUGGUGUACAUAGAAAACUGAUAAUACUGUCCUUGUAUUAUCAUUACAGUGUUUUAAUCCACUUUCUGAAAAGACUAUUUGGCACUUUUUGAUCUUCUUCAAAAGUCUUUUUGAUCUUAAUGAAAGUAGAAGUAUUUCAUAUUUCAUUUCUGUCCAAAUCUUUGUUGAAACUAACUAGGAAAUAAAUUUGAACGUAUAGCAGUGUGGGACAUAUUAAAGCAUAAUGAGGCAAAUGGGCUCUCACAAUCCAAAUGCAAUGUAAGCUUACAGAAGAAAUUACUGGUUUUUUGGAAUGAUCAUGAGAUGUAAAAUUUUCUUUAGGGAUCUUGGAAAUAGAGCUGUCAUGAUUUGCUUGAUCGAUAGAUACACUCCCAAGCAAAUGAUUUUAUUUGCUUCUGUAUAUUUUCCUGUAGUCUUGCUAGUAAAGCUGUCCUGUCUUACAUAUUUAAAAGGAUUCUGGACGACGACUGCUAACAUGGACAUUUUGCUUAUACCACUGAAAAGCAAGUCUAUUUAAAGUUUCCUAUAUAAGCCUAUUUUCCUUAUCAGUUGUCCCAGUAACUUAACAUUUGGAAAUAAUGAAAAAAAUUAAAGUAAAUUACUUUGUAUUUCCAGAACACUGUAAUUUGGAGGAAUGUUUUUUCUGUUAAAUGUAACUAAUAGACUGGAAUUUUCUUAUGUUUGCAUCAGUCUCUAUAUAUUAAGGUUAAAGAUACAGUUUUGCAGCUUUUAUGAAAUGGUCUUUAAUAUUUCAGCAAUAAUCCUAUAUGAGAUUUGUUUUUAAAAACCUACUUUCUGUACGCUUUUGAAUUGUACAGGCUUUCAGAAAUCAGUAAAAGUUGGACCAGUUAAUAAAGAUGCAAAAACUUUUUUUGUAGAGAUGUAAAAACAAAACCACUAAUCUGUUGUAUAAUGGAUUUCAUAUUUUCUUUAAAAAAAAUUAAAAGCAAACAGUCUUCAUGUAUGACUCAAUAUGCUCUACUCCAGCUAACUGUGGGAGCCUGAAUGACACUAGUUUACAGAGGCUACAGGAAAACUUUUUGAAGGUGCAGAAGGGCAAAAAUAGAUGGAAACUAGAGCUAAGUGUUGAAAAUUGAGUGUACCAAACCAUCACCAUAAUUCCUUCUUUUGUUUAAUGCUUGGGAACAUAAUUUUUCUGCAGAUUCAAGUGGAAAGUAGGAAAUGGCUAGGAAGGAUUAAAGGUGCAGGCUCUUCAUACGAGAUUCUGUUUGUGUUAUUUCAGGCGUUUUUACCUUUAUGUUGUGUAAUAAGCAUUUUGCAUUACUAUGUUAUUAUUUUGUAUGGACAUGUUCUCCUUAUUUAUUUUUGUUACAUUUAUUAUGUAUGUUAUUUUGUUAUAUGCAUUUACAACUCCAUUUUUAAAUAAAGUGUUUCUGGAACUUUACAAA